AUUAAUUUUUACAUAUUUACAGGACCAGGGCACACAAAAAAGAUAUUUAUCGCCAUGCCUCGUAUGCAGAGUGGGCAUCCUGCAACUAUCGGAACUGUUACUGACAAAACCACCGCCGAUGGCAAUCCUAUUGUUAAACCCUAUCCUUCUUGGGAUUGGCACAAAAAUCUUAAAGACUGCCCACCUGACAGAAUCGUAUCGGUAUUUAGAAUGAUGGUUGACGAAUGCGGUAGGCUAUGGCUACUUGAUACAGGAAGUAGAAGCAACGGCACAAUUUGCCCACCACAAAUAUUGGCAUUUGAUUUGAAAACUGAUACACUGUUAUAUAGAUACGAAAUACCCUCCAGUCAGUAUGAGUACAGAUCAAACUUCGUAACUCCAGUUGUAGAUGUGCGAGAUAAACAAUGUAAGGAUACCAUGGUAUAUGUCGCAGAUAACCGAGGAUAUUCCAUCAUUGUCUACAAUCCGUCGUUGGGAGUUUCAUGGAGAGUAGGUGACAAGACAAUGUACCCUUACCCUAGCUCUGGAACCUAUGAAAUUCAAGGAACUAGCUUCGAGUUAAUGGACGGAAUAUUGGGCAUGGCUAUUUCACCUUAUAAACCCGGAAAAGAUCGAAUACUCUAUUAUCGUGCAUUGUCCAGUGUCACAGAGAACUUUGUUUACACGUCGCAUCUUAGAAAUCGUACCAGGUUUGAGAACAAUCCUCAAUCAUCCCCAGAAAUAUUCCAUACAUACAAAAGAACAAGACCAUCUCAAAGUGCAGCCGAAGCCAUCGACAAAGACGGAAUUUCAUAUUUUGGUUUAGCGCACGAAAUAACAUUAAAUUGUUGGAAUACUGCUACUGAAUAUGGCUUCCAAAAUAUAGAUACACUUUCUUAUAACCCGACGACACUUCAAUUCAUCAGUGGAAUUAAAGUCAUUAACAAUCCGUUAGGUUUUCAAGAACUGUGGUUCGUUUCAGACAGAUUUCAAAAAUUCUAUACAGGUACACUGUCGCUGAACGAAACCAAUUUCAGAAUACAGACAACACGUGUUGACGACGUAUUAAGAGGAAGUAAAUGUAAAUUGUCUAGACCAUUUCAGGGAAUUGACGGUUUGAAUAAGCUNAACUGUUGUCAGCAUAAAGCGGCACUGAAAUGGAGAGUCAGUUUGUAUACUCCAUCAUGUUUUCACAAAACUAUGAUAUCUAAAUUGACUAUCCCCACUAGAAUAUCAUCUACGUCUAACGUUCCAGAGAUUGACGAAUGCGGCAGACUAUGGUUACUUGAUUCAGGAGAUAGAAACAACGGGCAGAUUUGUCCCCCGCAAAUAUUAGCAUUUGACUUGGAAACAGAUACAUUGCUAUAUAGAUACGAAAUACCCUCUAGUCAAUACGAGUACAGAUCACUUUUCGUAACUCCGAUUGUAGAUGUGCGAGAUGAAGAAUGCAACGACACCAUGGUGUAUGUCGCAGAUGCUCUAGCAUUUUCCAUCAUUGUCUACAACCCAACCUUGGGAGUUUCAUGGAGAGCAACUGACGAAACAAUGUAUCCUGACCCUAACUUUGGAACCUAUGAUAUUCAAGGAACUAGCUUCGAGUUAUUGGAUGGAAUAUUGGGCAUGGAUCUUUCACCUUACAAACCCGGAAGUGAUAGGAUACUUUUCUAUCACGCCAUGUCCAGUAUCACUGAGAACUUUGUUUACACGUCAGAUCUCAGAAAUCGUACCAGGUUUGAGAGUAAUCCCCAAUCAUCCCCAGAAAUAUUCCAUGUAAGUUUUUCGAUAUACAAUGUUCAACUACGUUGGGUUCAUGGUUCUUUAUUUCGAAUUUGGAAUCAUGUCAUUAACAAUCCUUCGUUAGGUUUGCACGAACUGUGGUUCGUUUCAGACAGAUUUCAAAAUAUGCUUACAAAUACACUGUCGCCGAACGAAACCAAUUUUAGAAUAUACAGAGCACGUGUUGACGAUGUUUUAGAAGGAACUAAAUGUAAGGCGUCAGUAGCUUCUAGACAAGCGUUUCUCAACCUUUUGGUAUUUGCGACCCAGUUUUCAAUCACAAUUCUCAUCGCCACUCCACUCAUAAAAUAAUUUUUGGAGGAAUAGUGUCGUAAUUCUAAUCUUGGAUUCUUUUAGUUUGGCGCUAAAUCUAUACUUCUAUCUUGAAAAUAAACGUUAGCAAUUACCACAAAUAGGUAAAUAAAUUGACAUUUAAUUUCAGUAAAUUUUUUAAUUGAUGCGGCGUUUUCUUCCGGGUGCUGCAUCAGUUGCGACUCAGCACCUGCCCAUUCACCACUGGAGAUGCCGUCAGCAAAGAAAGGAGAAACGUUUGGAAAAAUAAAAUUCC